AAAAUUCCGAGGAAGGAAGAGACUAGGGAGGCAGGCCCGUCCGAUGCGCCAGCCGACUUUCGCUGAGGGUUUCUGGCCGCAGCAAGUGGAAGGACCUGCUCGGCGGGAACGUUUUUGUCCCUCCCAGGCGACGUCCGAUGGGUGUGUCGGGCAGGGGUUGAUAUUGGACGGGCUGCGGCCCCGACAGCGGCUUAGGAGCCGGGAGCCAGGAGCCAGGCAGGGAACCGGGAGCCGAGCAGCGUGCGAGCAUGGCCGCCCCAGGCCCACCGCCCCCCACCAGCCACGCGCCACCCGACGUGCCCUCGGGGCUCGCGCUGUUCCUCACCACCCCCUUCGCCUUCUUCCUGCCCGAGCUGGUGUUUGGAUUCUGGGUCUGGGUCCUGGUGGCCGCCACCCACGUGGCAAACCCGCUGCUGCAAGGAUGGGUGUUGUAUGUCUCGCUGACCUCGUUCCUCAUCUCCCUCAUGUUCCUGUUGUCUUACUUGCUUGGAUUUUACAAGAGAUAUGAGUCCUGGAGAGUCCUGGACAGCCUGUACCACGGGACCACCGGCAUCCUGUACAUGAGCGCUGCUGUCCUGCAGGCCCAUGCCACCAUCGUCUCUGAGACCCAGGACCUGGGCAACUAUAUGACAAACACCGCCGCCACGUUUUUCGCCUUCAUCACUACCCUGCUCUACGUCCUCCACGCCUUCAGCAUCUAUUACCACUGAGGGCAGGCGAAAUGCUCUUGUAAAGCGUGGACCAUUGGCUCCCGAAGGUCGCCUCAGCAUUCGCCAUCUGGAUGACAAACAGAACAACAAAACAUCAGUGGGACUAACAGACCGUCUUUUCGGACAGAGGGAUGAAAUCCCACUCCAAAUAGCCUCCUGGACAUGGUAAUCCAUCGUGAUGACUAUGAAAGGCUGUAUUGCCUUUGCCUGGGAAAGUAACUGGCUCCAGAAAACUCGUUUCCAAAGUCCUCAGCACUGAGAAUCCCGAUCCACCAGCGUCACAUCUGGCUGGGGUCCCCGUCUCAGCAAUUAGGGUCCCCAGGCAGGUGUAUGGGAACGUGCAGUCUUAGUUUCUUAAAGCCUACAUGGUGCUAUCAACGCCUCCACAUCACAUCUCUGCUUAGAUGCAGACCCUCUCCCGCCCUGUGCUUCUGCUCUGAUUGGAGCAAAGACCAGCGGCACUGCCACCCCCAUUGCAUUCCCCCUCCCUUCCCUGCCCGGCUUUGGGAUCCAAUUUAGAGGCUAGAUUUGCAGGAAAAGAAGUGAGUGACUCCACAAAAUUGUUAUGCAGUAAGAGCUGGGGUGUGGGGAUGGGCUGCAGGACCCCGCCCGCCAAGGACUAGAAGCCACCUUGCCCCCCCCCCCCCCCCCCCCCCAGAAAACCUUCAAGGAAGGAAGCAGGAUGUCACGUACAAGGAUUCUCCUCUGGGCUCCUCUCACACUGUGCGGGACAUGUAAGGAGGCCGGGAAAGGACCCCCGUCCAGGGACGUGCUCUUCCGUGGGUGCCCACUCCCCUCAAGUCCCUGCUGUGGUGCCAGCAGAGAGGAGCCUGGGCCACUCCGCUGCCUCCCACAGUGCGGGGCUCAACGACUGGACACAUGGCGUUCGACUUUUGGACCAUUCUCAACGAGAAGGCUGGCGUUGUGCACGCAGAAACACAAAAAGAGGUGCUUGGUUUCAAAGUAAAUGUCUUCCCUGAGAAAGCUGUGCAUCUGGGCUUUCUCCACACUGUCCUCAGCUCCACGGUGGCCUCCUGGCCUCUCGCCUCGGGCAUCGCCCAUAACUGCACGCACCUGCUGUCACUUUGAAACAAAGUAAGCUAGACGUGGAGGGACUCAUCUUCGCUGAUUUAAGGGCUCACAGUUACUGUCUUCUGCUCCUGGGAGGAGGGGGGACAGGGAGUCACCAAAGAGAAACUGGCUUUGCUGUCGCUGACUGCUGGCUUCCUUCUUGCCCCGCUAUCCUGAAAAAAACCCUUUAUCUCUCUUUCUUGCCUGGCAGCUGCCUGGGAUGAGCACUGUUCAAUAUGUACUGAGUAGCCACAUCCAAAUAAAAGGUGUUUUACAGUAAAA